AUUUUAGAAGUAAGGAAAGAGAAAUCUCGUGAUGCUGCCAGGUCCAGACGAGGGAAGGAGAAUUAUGAGUUUUACGAAUUGGCCAAGAUGUUGCCAUUGCCAGCGGCCAUUACUAGUCAACUGGAUAAAGCCUCUAUUAUACGCCUUUCUAUAAGUUACCUACGGUUACGUGAUUUCUCGGGUCAUGGUGACCCACCUUGGAAUCGAGAUCCAGCUCCCAAUAAAAAUAAAGGAAGAAGAAGGAGUAAUAUAGCUAUGGAUAUUUUUGAUACACGACAUGGUACACAUGUUUUACAGUCAUUGGAUGGGUUUGGUUUUGCUUUGUCGAAUGAUGGUCGAUUUUUAUAUAUAUCAGAAACAGUGUCAAUAUACCUGGGCUUAUCACAGGUUGAGAUGACAGGAAGUAGUAUUUUUGAUUAUACUCACCAAGCUGAUCAUCCUGAACUCUCAGAACAACUUGGUCUCUCUUUACCACAAUAUGAUGUAUCAUCUACAUCACGACCACGAUCUACAACUCCCCCUGGAGAGAGAGGGUAUGUGAUGAACCCAAACCCAGCAAAAGGACCAGACCGAUCGUUCUGUAUUCGAAUGAAAUCAACUUUAACUAAACGUGGUGUUCAUACUAAAUCACAAGGCUAUAGGGUUGUCCAUAUUUUGGGAAGAAUGAGGCAUCAGAUGAGCUUUACUGUAAAUCGUAAACAAUCACCAACCUUAUUGGGUAUGGUUGCCGUAGCAAUAGCAUUACCGCCACCUACCAUUACUGAGUUACGAAUAGAUAAUGAUACUUUUAUAACACGAAUGACUCCUGAUUUUAAACUUGUCUAUUGUGAGCCUAUUAUUUGUGAAUUAAUGGAUUUAUCAUCAGAAGAUAUGACCAAUAGAUUGAUAUAUGAUUUCUGUCAUGCUGCUGAUUUACAUAAACUACGUAAAGCUCAUGUUGACUUAUUAGCCAAGGGUCAAGUUUUAUCAGACUAUUAUAGAUUAACCAAUAAGAAUGGAGGAUACAUCUGGCUACAGACGUGUGCUACUACAAUAUAUAGUAGUAAAAAUAACGAUGAACAAAGUAUUGUGGCCAUUAACUAUGUUUUAAGUGGUGUUGAAAAUGAAGACAUCAUUUUAGACCUGUGGCAACUACCAGGAUCCUCCAAUCUUGGAACUGACCAAUCAGAUCACAGCGAUCAGAGUGAACUCGGCUCUCAAUUAGGUAUGAUAGCUCUUCAAUGUGAAAAUCAUCUUUCAUUUGCCUUUCUGAUCUAUCCAAUAUGGAAGACAUUUCCGAAAUGGCUUAUUAUGACUGUCAUAGGCAAUACCGAGGGCAAAUUCUUGAAAAUCCAUUUUCAUCGAUGA